GAACUAAGGCCUACAUUUCCCAUCGGGCACCCUGCCGGAUGAAAUGUGUACCAACAAAUCGUGCUCACCGGAGAACAGGCUGCAGUUCGUAGUGACAGAGGACAAACAGAAUAAGCAAGGUGUCUAACAUGUCUGUGGAUUGGAUAGGAUAUGGAUACGCAGCCCUCGUCGCAUCCGGCGGAGUCAUUGGUUACGUGAAAGCAGGCAGCGUCCCUUCCCUGGCUGCAGGUCUUGUCUUUGGGGGCCUUGCAGGUUUUGGUGCCUACCAGAUUUCCAAUGACCCCAAUAAUGUUUGGGUGUCCCUCGCUACAUCAGGAGCUCUAACUGGCAUAAUGGGAAAGAGGUUCUGUGGAUCCAGGAAGUUCCUGCCAGCUGGCUUGAUGGCUGGAGCAAGUCUUCUGAUGGUUGGGAAGCUUGGUGUGGCAUUUUUCCAGAAACCCCAGGAGACCUGAUGGAAGAUUUUGAUGAGUAUCCCAUAUUCUGUACCAGGUGUAGCCUGUCGCUUGUCAUUUACUGUUGAAUGUUAAUGUCAUUUUUGAAAGGAUGAGGACUAAAUAUAGUACCUUGUUUAUAUAAUAGGA